UACAUUUCUUUCCAUCUCUUUUAAAUGGUUAUAAAAGUUCUACUGCUUGUAGCAGGCUAUGGCACACGGCUUCAACAAGAUCUCAGAGCCUCUCCUUCUCAUCACCACUUGCUGGGUGUUCCAAAAGCACUCUUACCCCUUGGCCAAGAAGAUGCUCUUAUCACAUAUUGGCUAGACCUUUUUAAAGCCAGUGGAAUCCCUGCGUCUGAUAUCUACCUUGUCACUAAUGCUGCAUCCUAUUCCGUGUUUGUAUCCUGGGCUAAUCGACACCAAGUGCCCCUUGUCAAUGUAUUCAAUGACGGAACUAUGUCCAACGAAGAUCGGUUGGGUGCUGUGCCCGAUAUUAACCUUGCUGUAAAGCAUUUUGGACUUGGCCAAGAUUCAGUACUUGUAGUUGGCGGGGACACAUUAUUCCUCAAGGACUUUGUUUUUAAUAAUUUUUUUCAGACCGCAAAAACCCACCCAAACCGGUCAUUAGUUACUGUCUACAGUGUACCUGACGAAGAUGUAUCCAAAGUCGGGAUUAUAGAAACCAACUCGAAAGGAGUUGUGACAAGCUUUUUGGAAAAACCGGAGCCAUCUGAGACAUCAUCAAGAUAUGCAUGUCCAUGUUUCUAUCUUUUUGUCCCCAAUGCUCUUUCUUUGCUGGACGCUUUUAUUGACGAGUCUAAAGGGAAGCCCAAGGAAGAGGUAGACGCCACUGGUAAAUUCUUGGCCUAUCUUUUCCCGCGUUGUCCGGUUGGGACAUUUCCUAUCUCAGGUCGAAUUGAUGUGGGAGGACUGUCUUCUUAUUUGCAGGCAGAUGUGUACUACAAAAGUAUGUGAGCAUUGGAAAUAUACAAAUUUCCGUACCCAUUGUUAAUGCGCCGAGUUAUUAUUCUGUGGAUAAAUAGCCCAAAGUUAUGGGUAUUAUGCUUUCUUAAUUGCAUAAAAUAAAAUACCUUUGUAAUUUUAUUAGACGCAUACACCAGGUUGUUGUGUUAUUC